AUGCACCUGUGGGCCCCCGACUAUCUCGGCAAACGCAAGGAGCGACUCGCUCGAUAUGAGCUGCAGAUUAUCAAAACGACCGAGGCCAUCAUCAAGCAUAAGCAGCGCGAACACAACAGCGCAUUCGAGGAGGCCCGUGCUGUCUGGCACGAGCAGAAGCGACUCUUCAGCGAGAAUACGCGCGCGUUGAAGGAGGACCAUGAAGAGUUUAGGAUGAUGAGGCAUAUCUUGAGCGAGGAAGCAGAGCGAGCUCCAGGUCGGAGAAGCUUGUGGUGA